GGCCCGGCAGAGGUGUCUGCGGGGGUGGGGGGGAGAGGGUGUCUGAGUGGCGCGACUCUACCUGAGAGGCUCGGCGCGGAGUGUGCGGCCGUGCCCGCGGAGGCCUCUUUCCGCCGGGGGUCAUGAGAGGUGACAGAGCCCUGAAACAAAGAAAUCUGGAUGAGAGAAGAAGUAUCGAAGGGCCAUGCAAGCCAACUGUAACCAGCUGUACAGUCCUCCUGGAAAUGCAAGUGAAGGUGCCUCAGCCUCCCAGUGUCUCCAUCCCUCAAGGUUAACAGGAGAAGGUUCCUGUCUUCAUUCUGGAGAUAUUCAUAUCCAGAUCAACUCCAUACCUAAAGAAUAUGCUGAGAAUUCAGGCUCCAGGAACGUGAGGUCAGAUGUCCAUAGCUGUCCCCAUGGAUGUGUACAUAGUCAUUACCGGAGUCACUCCCACAGUGAUGGAAGGCAGCCUGAUGAUCCUGCUGUGGAGUCUGGAGAGCAUGGAAGCAGCUCCUUCUCAGAGUUUCGCUCUCUCUUCAAGUGGUUGCAAAAAAGUCUUCCUUAUAUUUUGAUUCUAGGUGUCAAACUUGUUAUGCAACAUAUAACAGGAAUUUCUCUUGGAAUUGGGCUGCUAACAACUUUUAUAUAUGCAAACAAAAGCAUUGUAAAUCAGGUUUUUCUAAGAGAAAGAUCCUCAAAGAUCCAAUGUGCUUGGCUACUGGUAUUCUUAGCAGGAUCUUCUGUCCUUUUAUAUUACACCUUUAAUUCUCAGUCACUAUAUUACAGCUUAAUUUUCUUAAAUCCUACAUUGGACCACUUGAGCUGCUGGGAAGUACUUUGGAUUGUUGGAAUUACAGACUUUAUUCUGAAGUUCCUCUUCAUGGGCUUAAAAUGCCUUAUUUUAUUGGUGCCUUCCUUCAUCAUGCCCUUUAAAUCAAAGGGUUACUGGUAUAUGCUUCUAGAAGAAUUAUGUCAGUACUACCGAACUUUUGUUCCCAUACCAGUUUGGUUUCGUUAUCUGAUAAGCUAUGGGGAGUUUGGUAACGUAACUAGAUGGAGCCUUGGAAUGUUGCUGGCUUUACUCUACCUCAUACUAAAACUCUUGGGCUUUUUUGGACAUUUGAGAACUUUCACACAGGUUUUGCGAAUAUUUUUUACACGACCAAGUUAUGGAGUUCCUGCCAGCAAGAGACAGUGUUCAGAUGUGGAAGAUAUUUGUUCAAUAUGUCAAGCUGAAUUUCAGAAGCCACUUCUUCUCAUCUGUCAGCAUAUAUUCUGUGAAGAAUGUAUUACCUUAUGGUUCAACAGAGAGAAAACAUGUCCACUAUGCAGAACUGUGAUUUCAGAUCAAAUAAAUAAAUGGAAAGAUGGAGCCACUUCAUCUCAUCUUCAAGUAUAUUAACUUGUAUAAACUAUUAAAGGCCACAAAAUGCUAGUAUUGUUUGGUUACAGUGACUAUUGAUAAAGGCAUUUGAGUGUGUGUUUUAGGGCUG